AUGGGAGAAGAGGGACGCUCUAGCAAACGAGAGAGCAAAGCUCUGCAAUUAUAUUCCAAAAAAGUCGACACUACCAAAGUCAAUUUGCCAAUAAUAAAGCAAUGGAUCGAUGAUCAGAUCAACGAGCAACUUCCAGACGACGACAUUGCUGCUGGAUUCAUCUACGAGCUCGUUGCAGGUGAAGAGAACCCUGAUAUACAUGCCAUAGAGACACAGACCAAUGAGUUCCUCGGUGAGAAGGAGAGUCGAGCCUUUUGUAAACAGUUAUGGAAGCAUCUCCUAAGCGCUCAGGAAGAUAAAGAAGGAAUACCUGAACAACUUCUUGAAGAACGAAAGAAGAUGCUUGAGGAGCAGAAGAAGGCAGUGAAGGAGAGCCGACAGGAGUAUAGAAGCGAAGAAAGAAAUAGAGGCUGGUACCAGCGAGAUAGAAGAGAUGAUAGAAGAGGCGGUUAUAGAGGAGGUGACAGGGAUCGGUAUGGCAGUUACCGCCAACAACGGUCCAGAGAUACGCUGAAUGACGACCGAAAGAAGACCAACUACAACAGAAGUACCGAUGGAGAAUCCCAGAAAACGGAUAAAUACGAAGAAGACCACCAUGACGCCCGGGAACGUGGUCCCAGGGAUAGAACGUUAUUAUAG